UGGGUAGGCCCGAGGUGAAAGAGUCUUCCUUUCUCAUUCGCCAAACCCUGUGGCCUUAGCCUAAAUGGUCUCUCUGAGAGUUAUAGGGACCUAUGGUCCCCGCCCUCCUGAAAACGCCUUUUGCCUUUCUCUCUCUGGUCUUUAAACUCCUCCGCCGUGACGCGGAGCCCCUGCGACCCUUCCCCUCGGAGAUGUUCGCCGCGUGCACAGAAGCGAGGCUGGCUUUUCACGAUUGUAUUAACGUAGUCCGAGAUAGUAGACUAGGAACUGGAAGGGGCUUUGGGGCGACAAGGUCAACCACACGAUUUCACCGGUGAGGAACCGAGCCCCAACCGAGCGUGCGACUUGUUCAGAUCCCUCUCGGGUCAGGAGAGCGGGGUUUGGAAGUCUCGGGACUCCAAAUCCUGCCUUCUUAGGACUAUGCAGAUUAUCAUGCCUGUGGGAUGCCCAGCCGAAUCCUCUGAUAACGUUAAUGAACCUGAGUCCCCAUCGCCCACAUCCCCCGGAGAGCCCUAGAGACUGUGGCUGGCCAACCAGCCCGCCACCUUUUUUGCUUUUGUUUUUUUCUUUUUCUGGCCAAGUCCACGUGUAUUUAUUAAGGCAUUAUGCUAAACUCUGGGGACACAAAGAAAGGCAAGACCCUUGUUUCAAGGAAUUCACGUUCUAAUGCAUGAUUAACUGCCAAUGUAUUUAUUUCAAUUAUGGAAGGAAGAGGAGAAACAGCAUGGUGUUGAGGUUAGAGAUCCAACUUGGCAAUCAAGAAGACUUGGAUUGAAAUCCCUUAUCUGAUUGACUCUUCCUUGUGAACCUGGAUAUGCCAUUAAACUGUCCCUGGAAAAAGCUUGGUUACUAUGUCAAUAGUCACAAUUCAACUUGGUCAGUGUGGCAAUCAGAUUGGUUAUGAAGUAUUUGAUACUUUAUGUAGAGACUUAAAUAGUACCCAAGGAUUCUGCUCUAAAAAGGAGAAUGAAUUAUAUCAGAUGUCUUGCAAAGAACAUUUUUUUAAUGAGGAAAAGAAAGGAGUUCCAGUUGCCAGAGCAUUACUUAUUGACAUGGAACCCAAAGUGAUCAGUCAAACAUUAUUAAAGGCUGCUCAUUCUGGCAGAUGGAAGUAUGGUCAACACUCACAUUUCUGUCAAAAACAAGGUUCUGGAAAUAAUUGGGCAUAUGGUUAUAGUGUUCAUGGGCCCAAGCAUAAGGAAUCUAUCAUGAAUCUAAUUCAGAAGGAAGUAGAGAAAUAUGAUUCUCUAAGUGGAUUUUCAACUGUAAUGAGUAUGGCGGGAGGUACAGGAUCUGGUUUAGGAGCCUUCCUCACACAGAAUUUAAGAGAUGCUUAUCCAAAUUCUUUCAUAAUAAAUCAGAUCAUAUGGCCUUAUGGAACUGGAGAGGUUAUUGUCCAGAACUACAACUCAGUUUUGACUCUUUCUCAUCUGUAUCGAUCUUCAGAUGCACUUCUUGUUCAUGAAAAUGAUGUGGUACAUAAGAUAUGUGCUAAACUGAUGAAUAUCAAACAGAUCUCCUUCAGAGAUAUAAAUCAAGUGAUUGCUCAUCAAUUGGGAAGUAUAUUCCAACCUACCUACUCUUCAGAAGGCUCAUUUCAGUAUCGAAGAAAUCUACUAGGAGACUUGAUGACAAGCUUGGUUCCACACCCUGAAUUCAAGAUGCUGGGUCUCCGUAAUAUUCCUCAAAUGUCUGAAAACUUGUUGGCAUACACUACCUUUGCUUGGGCUGGGUUGCUCAAGCAUUUAAGACAGAUGCUUAUUUCACAUGCUAAAAUGGAAGAAGGUAUUAAUUGGCAGGUCCAACCACCUUUGUCGGGAAUUCCUGCCCUUGAGAACGGACCUUCCAAUAAGGAUCCCCAUUUUAACACUUCUGUAGCCAAUUUGGUCAUCCUACGUGGUAAAGAUGUGCACGAUGCAGACCUGGGGGGUUUUAAAGAUCCAGCCUUAUACUCGUCCUGGCUCCAGCCUAGUGAUGCCUUCAGUGAAUGGAGAACACAGCGAGCCUUUAACAAAUAUGAGAAAUCAGCUGCUUUGGUCAGCAAUAGUCAAUUUUUACUAAAACCUCUUGAUACCAUCAUAGGCAAAGCUUGGAACAUGUUUGCUUCAAAAGCUUAUGUUCACCAGUAUACGAAGUUUGGAAUUGAAGAAGAGGACUUUUUAGACAGCUUCACAGUAUUGGAACAAGUUCUUGCCAAUUACUGUAACCUUUGAUCUUGUAAUAAACGGACCUUCAAUGGAAGAAAGUAUCUUUGAAAAGUUAUGGAUUGAAGUCUUUAUAAAUCAUAUUUCAAAAUCCUAACUUACUGAAACAUCAAAUUAGAAUUCAGAUUGUAUUCUGUAUAUAAGGGAAAGUAGGAGAUUUUUUACCAAAAAAAAAUUUUUUUUCAGUGAAAACAUUUUUGAUGAAUUACUUAUUACUUUGAAAGGAAAAUGGAUGCUUUUAUAAAAUAAUCUGAAGAAUUGUCACAAUGGAUGCUAUUACAAAUAGUACAUUGGUUCUAAGAAUUAUUAGUAAAAAUAUAUUCUGCCUUUGCUAACAAUUAAAGUAAUUUCUUUCAAGUACCAGCUUGUUCUGGAACUUUUACUAUUUAAUCAAAAACAAUUAUGAAAGCUGCACUUGCCUAAUGACAAUGCUGGAUAUUUAAUUAUGCUUAAAUUGGAAUUCUAGAAUAGAGGUAAUCAUCAGUUAAUGAAUACUGUAUGCCACCGGAGGGCACUGUUGUCAAAGGCCUUAGUAGAAUGUGGGCUUGCCUAAAUUUUUCACUCAAUUGGAUCAGAUUAAACUUCUGUUUCAAAAUAAGGUUUAGAAUUAUGACAAUUAACCUAAAAUACCAAAAGGGAAUAGGUGACUGCUUACUUUAUUUUCACAGGGCUUCAUUUUUUCUUAAAAACUUACUAGUUAUCGAAGAAUAACUUUCAAUUUUCAUUAUAAACUCCCCCUUUGAUAACCAUUUUAAGAGUAUUUAAGAUGGGGAGAAGGUACAAUUUUAAUCUAGUCAGUGCUCCAAAAUUUAUAUUGACAUAUUAGAAUGAAAUACUGUCUAUAUCACACACACACACACACACACACACCCUCAUAUAAAACCUUAUUUCUCUUUCAAAGAGACAUCAUUUUAGAGGAGUGGCCCAUAUUUUUACAAAUAUACAAAGUAGAUGCUUCAGUCAAAUGUCAGGUUGCAAUAGAAGGAAACAAACUUUUCAUUUAAUUAGAAGUUGGGACUGUCUUUUUUUCCCUUCUCUACCAAAGUGUCAAUAAAGUAAGAAUUUGUCAUUUAAUUGGGGAAAAUGUUGAGCAAGGAAGGUUAAAAAAAAAAAAAAAACAACAGUAUUAAAUAAUUGAAAAAGAUAAAAACAAGCUUUGAAAACUAACAACUCUCUUGGAAGGGGAAUGACAUCUAAAAAGCAUAUCAUAUUUGAUACAUUGAGAAAUGUACAGUGAAACCCACAUAGGAAAAUUCACCCUUUCUGCCAAAUCUACCAGUAGCCACUUUUUAUUUGACUAAAUGACAGUAUACUGUUUGACUAGUUUCUUCCUUUUCUUUCCAUAUGGAAACAAUUACCUUUUUUUGCUGUUUUUCUUAUCAACUGUUGCUAUGAUUAAAAAUAUUGAACUAUAUCUUA